GUAGGGUUACGCGCGGCGCCGGGGCGGCCGCGGGCUGAGGUACCGGUUCCCAGCUCCAGGUCCCGGGUCGCGGCUGGGCGGCGCGGCCCGGGCUGCAGCGAGGCCGGGCGGCCCCUCGCGCCCUGCCGCCAGGCCGCCAUGCAAGGCUCGGGAGGGAACGUGAGCCGCGGACUGCCGGGAGGGCCGGCCUCCACGGUCGCGUCCGGGGCGGGCCGCUGUGAGAGCGGCGCGCUCAUGCACAGUUUCGGCAUCUUCCUGCAGGGGCUGCUCGGAGUCGUGGCCUUCAGCACAUUGAUGCUUAAGCGCUUCCGAGAACCAAAGCAUGAAAGACGACCAUGGAGGAUAUGGUUUUUAGACACUUCCAAACAAGCCAUAGGGAUGCUGUUCAUCCACUUUGCAAAUGUGUACCUAGCAGAUCUCACUGAAGAGGACCCUUGUUCACUGUACCUCAUCAACUUUCUUCUGGACGCCACUGUAGGCAUGCUUCUCAUUUAUGUGGGCGUACGCGCUGUCAGUGUCUUGGUGGAGUGGCAGCAGUGGGAAUCCCUGCGUUUUGGAGAAUAUGGAGACCCUCUGCAGUGUGGGGCCUGGGUGGGGCAGUGUGCCCUUUACAUCGUGAUCAUGAUCUUUGAAAAGUCUGUCGUCUUCAUCGUCCUUCUCAUACUCCAGUGGAAAAAGGUGGCCCUAUUGAAUCCAAUUGAAAACCCAGACCUGAAGCUGGCCAUCGUCAUGCUCAUUGUCCCCUUCUUUGUCAAUGCUUUCAUGUUCUGGGUAGUAGACAAUUUCCUCAUGAGAAAGGGGAAGACGAAAGCAAAGCUAGAAGAAAGAGGAGCCAACCAAGACUCAAGGAAUGGGAGCAAGGUUCGCUACCGAAGGGCAGCAUCCCAUGAGGAGUCUGAGUCUGAGGUCCUGAUCUCAGCUGAUGACGAAAUGGAGGAGUCUGAGGCCGAGGAGGAUCUCCGCAGACUGACCCCCCUCAAACCUGUGAAGAAGAAAAAGCACCGCUUUGGGCUACCUGUAUGACACAUUCCCACGCUGUGGAUGACAGUCAUGGGGCCCAGUCCAGCAGCAGCAUCCCUUCCCUCUCUCUACCCUCCUCUCUACCUCCACUCCUCUUGCUGUCUCUGCCCGCUCUCCACCCGCCCCAGACUACUGUGACUGAAAAGAGGGAAGAGGAACCGUGCCCGAGGGGGCUGUGGGCAGCUGGAGGUCCCGCUCAGUUGCACUACAAACACUGACCAAAUAUGCAAGCGAAGAGCUGUGUUUGUUGUCGUCCCUUUGGGGUGCUGUGAGACCCCUGUCCUGUGUCUGACCCGGUGGCAUGGUGGAAGAAAACAGAGCACACACAGACUGCCGGGCCCUCGUGCCGAGGCUUGGGCCUUGUGGACACGUGACGGCUUAGGGUUAACAGCCUCUGGUUGACCCAAGUUGGAAUAGGAAUGCUUUCUUACUCAAAAGGCUUUUGUAACUCUUUAUUUCUAAAGCCAGUUUUAUGAGCUGU